GGUUGUUUGGAGGGGGGCUCCGCUGCCUCGCUCCGUCAAAUCGCGGGGCAUUGUGGGGCGGAGGCGGCCUUUCUCUGCACCCAGAGCGGAUAGUUGUCAAGUAAAUAACGGGGGGAGGAACUGUCUGAGCCAAGCCUGCGAAGACAUUCAUACUUAUCUAUAAGAACGGACACUUUAAUAUUACAAAAGUUGUGAAAACAGAAAAAUAUGGGCCAGGAGGACUUAAUGAACAAAGCCGAAGACGUGGCAGACCAGUUUCUGCGGGUGACCAAACAGUACCUGCCCCACUUGGCACGUCUGUGUCUCAUCAGCACUUUCCUUGAAGACGGGAUCCGCAUGUGGUUCCAGUGGAACGAGCAGAGAGACUACAUCGAGGCGACCUGGAGCUGUGGCUACUUUCUGGCUAUGUGCUUUGUGCUGCUAAAUCUUGUUGGACAGCUGGGUGGUUGUGUGCUCAUUCUCAGUAGAAAUUUUGUACAGUACGCCUGCUUUGGGUUAUUUGGCAUCAUAGCUCUACAGACUGUCGCAUACAGCAUUUUAUGGGACCUUAAGUUCUUGAUGAGAAACCUGGCCCUCGGAGGUGGUCUGCUCCUGCUGCUGGCUGAGUCCCGUUCAGAAGGAAAGAGCAUGUUUGCUGGAGUCCCCUCCAUGGGGGAGAGUUCACCGAAGCAGUACAUGCAGCUGGGCGGCCGGGUUCUGCUCGUGCUCAUGUUCAUGACUCUGUUACACUUUGACUCCAGUUUCUUCUCUAUCCUACAGAACAUGGUGGGAACUGCUCUCAUCAUCCUGGUGGCCAUCGGCUUCAAAACCAAACUAGCUGCUUUGACCCUCGUUGUGUGGCUUUUUGCUAUUAACGUGUACUUCAACGCAUUCUGGACCAUCCCCGCCUACAAGCCCAUGCACGACUUCCUCAAGUACGACUUCUUCCAGACCACCUCGGUCAUCGGUGGCCUGCUGCUGGUGGUGGCGCUUGGGCCCGGUGGAGUAUCCAUGGAUGAGAAAAAGAAAGAGUGGUAGAGAGCGGUGAAGGAAUCGCACAGCACCACUAACGCCCCUCAACAACCGGGACACAAAGACCUUCCCUCUCUCUUCCUGCCCACCAGGAUACACAGUUUUUGUGCUUUUUUUUUUGCCAUCAGUUGACAACUUUUCAGUUUUUACAUCGGCGUCACUUUUUAACAUUGCAAACAUGCCAUUUUUUUCUAUUUUCAAAACUUUGAUCUUGUUGUUUUUUUUGUCACAACUGCAGGAAAAAUAGGCUCGUUCUCUUCAGUGCAAGAAAUACAGUAAAAAAAAAAAAAAUUUCUAUGUGCAGGGGGCGAAUAAAAUAAAUGCAUUGUAUUUUACAGAUGUUAUGCCAUAACUUAUAGAACGAAUUUCAUAUUUUUUUAAUAAAAGGGUAGUUCUGAUGAAGUUCAGCCACUUUUGAGUUCCCACUGGAUAAUUUUUUCCUUGCACCUCUUUUAGUUUAUUUUAUUUUGGAUCAUCAGGGACUCUGUAGACCUUGGACACUGAUUCAACAACUCACUUUGACUCUAUGGUUCAUCUCCCCUCUUUUUGUUUGUCUUCUGAGCUGUGCUCUUGCAUUUGUGCACGUCCAGUCUCAGCUGACAGCUCUUGUUCAUGGGGAGUCAAUCAUGGGGGUAUUUAUACGUUGUAUUUGAAGUGGUGGAUUUCAGUCAUCUUUGGUUUAAAGCAUCAACACGGUUAUUAGCGCCAGGACUUGUUAACUAGGCACUUUGUACUGUGUGUCUUUUACAAAUGCCUAACUGUGUAUGAUUUCUAAGGGUAAUUACAAGGGGAGGGAGGGCGGCUCAACAUUUGUGAAACAUCAUAUCCUUGGAUUUAAAAUCAGCAAAGAAGACUGAGCUGAGUCACUAGCCACAUGGACGUUGUCUUUGCUCAGUGUUUCUUGCCCUGUGUGAGAAAUCUUUAAAAUAAGUAUUCAUUGUAAUAAUUUUCAAAAGUUUAUAUUGUAUUUUUGAUCAUAUUUUUUUCUUUAUUUUGAAAGUUCAU